ACAUCAAAGCAAAACAAAAAGAGAAGCACACGCACAGAAGUUUAGGUAUCGCUCACCGAAGUUCAGAACUUGCAGAUCUAUCAUUCGGAAGCAAAAAUGGCAUCCCACAAACAGAGCUACAGAGCUGGUGAAGCCAAGGGCCAGACUGAGGAAAAGACGAACCAAAUGAUGGAGUCACUAGGGGAGAAGGCUCAAGCAGCCAAGGACAAGACCUACGAGGCAGCUCAGACAGCCAAAGAGAAAACAAAAGGUGCUUCCCAAGCAACUACCCAAAAUGUCCAAGAGAAGGCAGGAGCUGCAAAGGAGAAGGCAGGAGCUGCAAAAGACAAGGCAUGGGAAAGCAAGGAGGCAACUAAGGAUAAGGCUUGGGAGAACAAGGAGGCAACUAAGGAUAAGGCUUGGGAGAGCAAGGAGGUAACUAAGGAUAGGGCCUCGGAUGCGGCGCAGAGAGCCGGAGAUAAGGCCGAGUACGGCAAGGAGAGGAGUGAGGGGUUUCUGCAACAGACUGGAGAACAGGUGAAGAACAUGGCCCAAGGUGCUGUUAAUACUGUGAAAAACACACUUGGCAUGGCUGGGAAUGAUGAGGAAGAUGAACCUGUUUAUCAUAAGAGGGACAGGAACUAGUUUGAAGUAGUUUGUAAUGAUCUUUGUUGUUUGUGUUUGCUUUUCAGCUGUUGUCUUUUGUUGUUGUUAUAGCCGGGCAUGUUUUACAAGCCCUGUGCUUCCAUCUCUAUGAGAAUGGAGUGUUGCAUUUGGUUUCUUAGAAGUGGAAUUGUAGUUGUCAGUCAUAUAUGAAAUGCAAUCCUACACCCUUUUGUUUUAUGUGUUAUCCAAAAUUUAUUCAUGUAUAUGGUGCUACAAUUACCAAAUAAGUUUGAUAUAACCAACA